CAGUGUUAUGAUAGGAUAUAUUAAAGCGAGCAAGUACGGAUACAGCUCCGAAGAAAAACAUGAAAAAAGAUACUGAUGAAACGAUUUUCAAAUGUCGCUAUUUAGUGGCUUUCUUGGAAUUUUUGGUAUUUAUUGAAAUAAAUGCGUACAGAGUAGCCACUAGCAUAAGCAUCGUUGCAAUGGUAAACAACACUGCAAUAGGUUCCCAUAAAAUUUUAAACAACAGCACCAUUUCAUGCCAAUCAAAUUAUACGGAUGAAACAGAACAGACAUUGCCAAAAAAUGAUGGAGAAUUCGAUUGGAGUCCUGCAAUACAAGGCUAUAUUUUGAGUUCUGGUUUCUUGAGUUACGUUAUUACACUAAUACCUGGUGGCGUACUCGCUGAAACUUACGGAGCAAAGAUAAUUAUCAUGACUGGACUUUUCCUUUCCUCAGCAAGUCAUUUACUAUCUCCUCUGGCUGCGUGGUCAAGUAGUUACAUGAUGAUAGCUGUGCAGUUACUGAGAGCUCUUGGCCAGGGUUUAUUGCCUGCCUCACAGUCCGUGCUUUCCAUAAAUUGGUUUCCAAAAAAGGAAAGAGGAUUCCUGACUUCUUUAAUUUUAACAGGUUAUUCGUUUGGUGCUUUAAUAAGCGGAUUGUUGUCUGGUGUCUUGUGUUCCUCAUCACUCUUUGGUGGAUGGCCUUCUGUUUAUUAUAUUUACGGAGUUCUAGGUCUAGUUUUAUGCCUUUGUGUUUACUUUUUCGUGUUUGAGUCACCUGAGUGCCAUCCUAGAAUAAGUGAUGCAGAAUUAGCCUUUAUUUUAAAUGACCGAGAAUCAGAUUUAUCUCUAAAAAGACCGCCCACACCAUGGAAAAGUAUUCUCACAUCAGGACCAGUUUAUGCAACAAUUAUUGGUCUGAUUGGUGUAUUUUGGGCAACGUCUCAUUAUCUCUCAAUUCAGCCUAUCUUUCUCGGAACUAUUCUUCAUUUUUCUAUUGAAGAUAAUGGAUAUUUUACAUCAGUUCCAUUGAUUUUUCAAAUGGUACUCAGUUUUUUAGGAAGUUGGAUAAGUAAAUGGUUGAACACGCACAAUUACGUUGGAAUCAACAAAGUUCGCAAAGGAAACAAUCUUUUGUUCUGCUUAGGUUAUUCAAUAUGUAUAUUGGGAGUAUAUUAUGCAGGAUGUCAAAGAUCACUGAGUACCGUCCUCUCAAUAGCUGCCAUGAGCUUCAUGGGACUAUCGUAUAAUGGAUCCCUGAUUGCUCCGUUUGAUUUGUCACCCAAUUUUGCAGGCACCAUCUUGGGGUUGUCAUACACCAUCGCAAAUUUAAUUGGUUGCUUAUUUCCUGUUUUGGUUGGCAUCAUGACAAAUGAAAAGCAAACGUUAGAAGAAUGGAAUAAAAUCUUUUUUAUCUGCAUUGGAAUCAUCAUGAGUUCCGGGAUAAUAUUUUGUGUUUUUGGCUCUGCAGAAGUACAGCCUUGGAACUUCCCAACUACAGAAUGUACAGAUAAAACUCAUACAAAUGAUGAUGAUUAUAUGGAACAAGUUGAAGGCGUGGAACUUCCAAUUGCUGUCGUCAUUCCUUUGUAA